CUCAACCCAGAAUGCUGUCUUGAUCUCUAGAACUCCACAGUUCCAAAAGCAGGGGAAGGGCAGGGCCGGAGAGUCUGAGAGGAUGUCAAAGAGGUGGGUCCGGCAGAGCUACGACAAGAUGGCUCGGUUGCUCGGCAGGAAGGACACGAAGAGCAGCCAUUUCCCCGUGCUGGAGGGCCACCCCGUGGGCCAAGAGCACGCGCAGGAGGCGGUGGAGACGGCCAGGACGGUGGACAGGAGCAAGCAGAGAGUGCUCAAGGAGUUCCAGAUUUACCGGUGGGCCCCCGAUGAUCCCUACAAGAAGCCCUUCCUCCAGUCUUUCUUUGUCGACCUCACCGACUGUGGUCCCAUGGUCUUGGAUGCACUGCAGAAGAUAAAGGCCGAGGAGGAUUCGAGCCUAAGCUACCGGAGGUCGUGUCGGGAAGGGAUAUGCGGGUCCUGUGCUAUGAACAUCGAUGGGACCAAUACCGUGGCCUGCCUCAAGCCCAUCGAUGCGGACACUUCCAAGCCCACUACCAUCACUCCCCUUCCCCACAUGUUCGUUAUCAAGGACCUGGUCGUCGAUCUCACCAAUUUCUAUCAGCAAUACAAGUCCAUCGAGCCAUGGCUUAAGACACAACACCAGCCCAAAGAUGGCCGGGAGUACAGACAGACGCCGGCAGAGAGAAAGCGACUCGAUGGGCUGUAUGAGUGCAUCCUGUGUGCUUGCUGUAGCAGCUCAUGCCCUCCCUACUGGUGGAAUCCAGAGGAAUAUCUUGGACCGGCAGCACUGCUACAUGCUUACCGGUGGAUUUCCGAUAGUCGAGAUGAGUUUACUAAUGAAAGACUUCAGGCCCUGACUGAAGAUCAGAAGAGACUGUAUCGAUGCAGGACCAUACAGAACUGCACGAGAACAUGCCCGAAGAGCCUGGACCCGGCGAACGCGAUCAACAAGAUGAAGACAAGACAUUUGGUCUCCAAGCCAGUGGAAAAGCUCGAAAGCCAAUAUAGUUGAGUACAUGGAUACAAUAGCAUCUGCACUGUUAAGCUUACAUCAAUAUUUCAUAUGUCCAAUGUAAAUAUGCUAAAUGUGUUAAGCUUGUGGGAUCAAUGUACUGCUGGAUUGGCAAAGGUCGUAUAAUGGACAUACAGAGCAGACGGUGUAGGUGUCUGCCUGUGAGUCCCCGCCACAAGUCCUUGUGAAUUGGGAGAGUUUUACCCUUAAGUAGGUUGAUUCGGUUCAACUGGA